CGGGACCGGCCCGAGGGGCUGCGCGCAGAGGCGGUGGUGCAGCCUGCAGCACCCGCCAGCUGCGGCGGCCGGGGACCCUGGACCCCUCCCCACGCGAGCUCAACCCACUUAGGAGAUGGGGCCGCGGAAGGGAACCCCCCAGGAGCCCUCAACCCUCCAACCCUGAUCUGAGCCUUGGAGAAGAGAACUGUGGGGAAGGGGAGGACCGGGCAAUUAAGGCGACUUUCGGAACAUAGAAGGAGAGAAGGAAGGAACAAAGCCCCUCCCACCCAAGGAUGACACUAAACACCCAGCAAGACACAAAAACCCCCCUGCGUCGGCGAGCCAGCACGCCACUGACCCUGUCUCCCCGGGGCCACCAGCCUAGCCUCCUGUGUGCAGCACCUUCCACAAAAUCCCAGCAUCCCCGGCUGGGCCAGUCAGCCUCCCUCAAUCCUCCCACCCGGCAACCUUCGCCUGCCCCCAAUGGUUGGUCCUCUGAAUCCAGUGACUCCGAAGGCUCCUGGGAGGCUCUCUACCGCGUGGUACUGCUUGGAGACCCUGGCGUAGGGAAGACCAGCCUGGCCAGCCUCUUUGCCGGGAAGCAAGAGCGGGACCUCCAUGAACAGCUGGGAGAAGAUGUGUACGAGAGGACCCUCACGGUGGAUGGAGAGGAUACCACGCUCGUGGUCAUGGACACCUGGGAGGCUGAGAAACGGGAUGAAAGCUGGAGCCAGGAUUCGUGCCUGGAGGUGGGCAGCGCCUAUGUCAUUGUGUACUCCAUCGCGGACAGAGGCAGCUUCGAGAGUGCCUCUGAGCUCCGCAUUCAGCUGCGGCGCACACAUCAGGCGGACCACGUGCCCAUCAUCCUGGUAGGCAACAAGGCUGACCUGGCCCGCUGCCGGGAAGUCUCCGUGGAAGAGGGCCGCGCCUGCGCAGUGGUGUUCGACUGCAAAUUCAUCGAGACAUCGGCCACGCUGCAGCACAACGUGGCCGAGCUCUUCGAGGGCGUGGUGCGCCAAUUGCGCUUGCGCCGCCGGGACAGCGCGGCCCCCGAGACAUCAGCCCUCCGAAGGCGGGCGAGCCUGGGCCAGCGGGCUCGGCGCUUCCUGGCCCGCCUGACGGCCCGCAGCGCCAGCCGUCGGGCGCUCAAGGCCCGCUCCAAGUCUUGCCACAACCUGGCGGUGCUCUGAAGCCGCGUGCCCCUCGCCCCCAGGGCUAGCGGAACAUUGGGCGCAAUCUGAGCUCCACCGAUGCCAUCGAGGGGCCACGACGUAGUUGCCUGGAGUCUGCACAGUGGGCGGUGCCUGCCUGCUGCCCCGAGGACUGGAGCAUCUCCCCUAGCCGCAGCUUCAGGCACCCCUCCACCCUGGGAAGCAGUGGACAGACUAUGGGACCGAAGCCUCAAAGUGGACACAGAGUAGGUUUUGGUUUUUGUUUUUAUGCGCCGCAAGCCUUUUUGUAAAAAUCUUUGUCCCUGGGCUCUGGCCAACUCCACACAAUAAACCAGACCAGAAGGGUAUCCAGUCUGAAUGCCCAGACCUCUUCUUUUGGGCUC